AUGUCUUCUACCCAAACAGCGCUCAUAAUCACCUUAGUCGGCGGCCGCAUGAAAUCAACAUCAUCCUGGCCCAUCCCCCACCCCGGUCCCAAACAACUCCAAAUCCGUGUCACAGUCGCCGGCCUCAACCCGCACGACCAAAAAUCUCGUGACAACGGCCUCUUCGUAAAAGACACCCUGCCAGCCAUCAUCGGGAACGACAUCGCUGGUAUCGUCACAGAGAUCGGAGCCCAGGUCACGAGAUUCAAGGUUGGGGAUAGGGUGGUGAGCCAGAGUCAACUUACGAAUGAGCAAAAGGCUUUACAGCAGUUUGCCGUUGUGGAGGAAGAUGCUGCAGCGAAGAUACCGGAGGGAUUUUCCGAUCAUGAUGCAGCGACGCUGCCUACGAAUGCCAUCGCUGCACUCAUCGCUUUAUUCGACCCCAGUGGCCUGGAUAUCCCCGCUCCUUGGAGCAAAUUCUCAUUCGACUAUGCCGGAACUACAUUGCUCAUCGUGGGCGGAGGAGGCAACUGCGGAAGAUUCGGCGUCCAAUUGGCCCGUCUAGCAGGCAUAGGCAAGAUUGUCGUUGUUGGCGGCGAUGAAGCUGAACUGAAGAAGAUGGGUGCGACGACUGUUUUGGACAGACAUGGCGGCGACGCCGCAGUCAUCAAGCGGAUCCGGGAUGUUGUCGGCGACGACCUUGUCUACGUUUUCGACGCAAUUAACCCACCUGAGGGACAACACGUUGCCAUUUCUGCGUUGUCGUCGAUCAAAACCGGGAAGGUGGCGCGUCUGCGUUCUUCAGUCGGAACUAUUGAUGAAAGCAAGAUUGUGGGCGAGAAGAAGGCGCAGUAUGAGAUGAAGAAUGUUCUGGGGAUGAGCCAGCUGAAGGCUGAUACCGCCCGACCUUUCUGGGAACGCGUGGAAGGCUACCUGAAAGAUGGCAGUCUGGUGCCGUUGAAGUACGAAAUCGUUGCCGGACUUGAUGUAGACAAAGUCAAUGAGUUGUUGGAUAGAUAUAGGGACGGUAAGAAGGUUAUUCAGACACACUUCAGGGUGUCGGAGUAA